AGUUUGAAAAUAAUGACUUAGACUUCACGGUAUGUAGGAGGUUCUCAAUAAUGCCAAAUUUACAUAAUAAUUGAUGUUUCGUACGUUGCCGACUUCCCACACAUCAUAAACUAAUGAUAUGCUCAAUGCAAAUAAGUACAGUUGAAACAAGACGACAGCAGCUGAAGGAAACAGACGAUUUUGUUAUAUCGACAUAUCACGGGAUAAUCGUGCUAGCUUUUCUUUAAAAGAAAGGCUAGCUACUAUUUAUUAACGCUUAGAUGUUUUGUAAAGUAUUAUUGUUGAAACUAUUCUUCCUGGUAGCAGUAUAUACCCACCAAGAUGAAUACUCAUUGAAUGACGAUUUUAAUUUCGAGAGCGGAUCUAACAGCGAUGAAGAAGGCAACGAAUACUCUGACAUUUGGGCAGUUGAACUAGCUGAAGGCGCUGAUCCUGAUGAAGUAGCCAGGGCGAAUGGAUUUAGGAAUAAAGGUCCGAUCAAUAAGAGAAGCUUUUAUGAAUUCGUGUACGCUGGACCCUCAAAGCAUCUUGAAAAACGUACAAGCCGUCGCCAUAUUAAAAGAAUACACCGUAAACUUUCUGAUCAUCCUCACGUGAAGUGGUUUGAAAGGCAGUUAAUUUUACAGCGAGUUAAGCGUUCUCUGGUCUUCAAUGAUCCCAAAAUUGAAUUUGAAUGGUAUAUUCGGAAUACUGGCAAAUAUAAUAGUGGUCUCAAAGGUUAUGAUCUGAACAUUUGGUCAGUUUGGGAACUUGGUUAUACAGGCAAAGGAGUCAAAGUCUCAGUUUUAGAUGAUGGUCUAGAUCACACUCAUCCCGAUAUAAAGGCGAAUUACGAUCCACAUGCUAGUUAUGAUUUUAAUGGUGAAGACCCCGACCCAUUUCCCCGAGAUAGUGAUCCCUACAAUGCCCAUGGUACGAAAUGUUCUGGAGAAAUCGCUGCAGUCGCAAACAACAGUGUUUGUGGGGUAGGCGUGGCAUAUGAGGCAAGUAUCGGUGCUGUAAGAAUGUUGGACGGCAAGGCAACGGAUGCAUUGGAGGCCAAAUCGUUAGGCUUUAGAAAUGAUUACAUUGAUAUCUAUUCAUGCUCCUGGGGACCCAAAGAUGAUGGAAAAACAUUCGGUCGGCCUGGAAAACUGGCGAAAGAGGCUUUUGUAAAGGGAGCAACUCAUGGCCGUCAAGGAAAAGGGAAUAUCUACGUGUGGGCCACUGGUAAUGGUGGUCUAGUUGGAGAUGAUUGCGACUGUGAUGGUUACACGACCAGUAUAUAUAGCCUGUCUAUUGGUGCUAUCAGUGAUCAUGGUUUAUCGACCUACUAUGAUGAAAAAUGUGCAUCCACUAUUGCUGUAGUAUUUACAGCUGACAGCCAUCGUGGAUCGAUCUUUACCGGAGAUAAACUCAUCACAACUGGUCUUCAUCAUAAUUGCGAGAGUACGUUCAGGGGAACAUCUUCAGCCGCUCCACUUGCCGCGGGAAUUAUUGCUUUACUUCUUCAAGCCAAUCCGAAUCUCACCUGGCGUGAUGUACAACAUAUUGUCGUGAACACCGCCAAGAAAACAAGUCCUAUGGACGAGGGAUGGAAAAAGAAUGGCGCCGGCUAUGAAUUUAACCACAAGUUCGGGUUUGGAAGAAUGGAUGCACUUGCAAUGGUUCAAGCAGGUCUAAAAUGGAAGAAUGUACGACCACAACAUAUCUGUAAAGUACUUGGUAAACAAAAGAAUGUUCCAAUUCCUCAUCGUGGUGAAGCUGUGGUUCAUCUCACAACAACCGGGUGUCGAGGACAAGACAACGAAAUCAAAAAGGUUGAGCAUGUCGAUAUUACCGUUACAUUACGUCAUCGUUACCGUGGUGAUCUGAAUAUUACGGUGGUUUCUCCCAGUGGUACAUCCAGCAAUCUUUUGUCGCCAAGGAAAUAUGAUUCCUCCAAAAAGGGCCUCAAAGACUGGGCUUUCAUGACUGUCCAUUUGUGGGGUGAAAAUCCGGUCGGAGAGUGGACCCUGUACAUACGAGAUCAAGGCCACAACUCAGCUGACCAGCGGACACAAGAUAAUGAAGAUCGUUACCGUAAAAUAUUAGAUGAAAAGAAAGCCAACCGUGCGAGAGAUUUUAUCCCUGGAGCGUAUGACUUCAUGCAUGACGAGGUCCACCAUGGUCGUUACAAGGAAGAAUACAUGAGGGAUGAAAUACCUGUUGAUGAGAAACGUAAUCCGUGGAAAUUUACUGAAGAUUUCAAUGCAGAUAAUAUGUCAUCCCGGAAGAGUACUCCUGCUGGUUUUCUCCUCAACUGGAGCAUAACAUUGUAUGGAACUGAUAAAUAAUUUGAAUGUUGAUGGCAAGAAUCAAAAUUAAGUUUGUGCAGUUAGGAGAAAUUUUUGAAGCAAUGACAAAAAUUUGCCAGUUUUCAAUUCUUUUAAAUCCUCUUCCUCGACCAUCUUAGAAAAUUUCCUUGUAAACACUUACGCAUGCACUUUAUUAUUACAAUAAGUUUUUAUCCAAACGUUUUUCAGUUAUGUGAAGUUGCGUCGGCCUCAUGGACGUAAAUCCACAACAAAAUUAGUUAUAAAAGGUUAAAAACAUUGCAUUGAUCGCUGUCCUUGGAAUCCUCUAUAACACAAACUUAAUUUUUGUUCAUGCCACCCGUGCAUUUAGGUUGGGUAAAAGGACGGGAACGUCAAAGACAAAGUUAAAAUUGCGAAAAAAGGCUGCUUUCCACUUACGCGUUUUUUAUACACACGUACACGUACGGAAAAUUUUAAAUCCUUUUAAAUUUUUA